AUGAACCACAACAACAGCGUUGACAAACGUAAGAUGAGUCAAACCAUGGAGAAGGAGGAGAUUCGCGAUGCUAUUAUGCAAUUGAAGACUGAAGAAGAUAUUGAAGAAAUGGCUGAGGAAUACGAUAUUGAUAACAUCCAGGCUCAUGCCGAAGAGAUCGAGCCGCUUACUACUGAGGAAUUGAUUUCCAAGAAUAAAGCCAUGGAAAUGAUUCACAUGUUUUUGCAACAAGAGAACAUGGAGCUCAAAAAGUCCUACCAAGAACUUUCCAAAGAGAAUCAAGCUUUGAAGAAAGUGUUGAAGGAUGAUUUCCAAUCCAACUAUAGAUACAUAAAGAAGGAUUAUUGA